AAAAUCUUGAUCGGGUUAGGUUCAGGCUAUCUUUCUAAGGGGAAAUAGCAAUGUAAUAUUUGUUUUGAAAACGGCUCACGAGACCAGGAGGCCAUUGCGGGUGUUAGCUGUCAAAAAUCUGAUUAUAAAUGAGAAUUAUCUAAUAUCAAAUAUAUAACCGAUAAAAGUGAUUAAUUGGUUUAUCGAACAAUGGAAAAACAGCCACUAAAUCCGGGAGCUGCUAAGCCUUCCACUAUUUCUGCGCCUACAGCACCUAAAUCAACUUCUUCCUGGGAACCACCUCCUUCAUAUAACUCGGCUACGCGAGGAGCAGAAUCUACUUCAUGGCCUCCACCUCCAGGAUAUUAUCCUAGCACAGGGAUAACUACCCAUUCCAAUUAUGUUCCUUCGUAUGGUUCUACGCAAUCAACUGCAGUGAUUAUGCCAGAAAUCAUUUUAGUCGGAGGAUGCCCUGCCUGCAGAGUGGGUGUAAUGGAAGAUGAUUUUACUUGUCUGGGAUUACUAUGUGCAAUUCUGUUCUUCCCAUUUGGAUUAAUUUGCUGCUUGUUGUUAAAGACUCGACGUUGUUCCAAUUGUGGUGCCUACUUUGGUUGAUAUGUUACUAUCAGAUAGUAACAUAUAAUUUCUGUAAAAUAGAAGAAUUGGAGGUGCAUCGUUAGGCUAAUUCUAAUGCAGCUAUAGUUCUAUGAAUGUUGAAUAUAAGAAGAAUUAUAUUAAACCAAUUUGUUACUAAUAUGGUGCAACUAUGAUAAUCCGAACUGGUACAAUGAACAAUGAUUGAUACUACAAUUUUGCAUAUGAUAAUGCAAAAUAAUUUUUCUAUUUUAGAACGAUGCUUCUAAAACAUUUAAUUGUGUGUAAAAUGUAUACAUUACCGGUUUUGUAAAUAUAAUGAGAGCUUAUGAUAUUUUGUAAAUGCUUUCAAAGAGUUCUGAUUAACAUUGUUGCACUUUAUUUUACAAUAAUAAUAAUAACAACGAAUAGUUUAUAUUAUCAUACAUUUUAAAAUAUUGUUAUAAGGUAUUUUAUGAGAAAAGCAAUGAGAAUUAUAAUACUGUUCAGAACAAACUACUUUUGCAGUGAAAAAUGGACUUACACAAAUGUAAAGUCCUUUAGAUUUCAUUGGAGCUUAAUUUAUAUUCCAGUAAGUUCUUGCUUUAAAUAAUUCAUUCAAGUUGCUUUGCAUAUAUGAUUUCAUUAAUUCAAUGAAACAAUUGACACAUAUAACAAUGUUCUUACCAUUGUUUUAUAUUAAUGUUUCUUGGUGCAUAACUUAUAGUAGAAUGAUUUUGCAAAGUAUAUAGGUUUGAAUCUCAGGGGAAGCGUUAGUAGGCUGUAUAAUAGUGUGAAAGGAUGAGUGUAAAACAGCAAUUUGUAUUUUUAUAAAAGAAACAGUAUUGAAGGAUAUUGGGACCAAUUUGAUGAUGAAACCUAUUUGUAUAAAUUGUUACUAUGAAGUGCAUUAUAUUUUUAUAUGCCAUGAUUUUAUUUAAUGUAAAGAAAAAGUUGUAAAAAUUUUCAAAUGAUUCCCUUUUAAACAAUUAAGCUUGGGAAAUGUUAUUUCUAAUGAAUAGUUUUAAAAAAUCAUUACGCUACCCAGAUUCAAACGAAAGGAAUAAAGAUGUUGGAGAUUACUUAAAGGCAUCUAAAACACUAAGUACCUGAAAAUAUAUAAUAUUUUUCUAAUUAAAAGCAUUGCUAUGCAUCUGUAAGAGAAGAUAUGCUUGUCUAGAAACAUAUUUCUGUAAGAAACUGUUAUUAAAAUUUAUUGAAUUAUCAUUGUUA